AUGGCGCCAGGCGAGUACGCCUCGGUUGGCUCCGGGAGGCUGAAGCUCAAGGGCGUCAAAGACUCGAAAGUGGAUAAGAAGAAGAAAAAGAAGCCUAAAUCCAAGGACGAAGCGGAGGGCAGCAAGGCCGAGGAAGGUUCUUUUGAUGACAAGUCGAUCAUGUUGAAGAAGUUGGAAGAUGAAGACGCGCAAUUUGCCAAAGACGAACGCGGCCUCAGAGACGGCAAGCAAGUCGCACCAGCCACCGGCGCGGAGUCGGACGAGGACAGGGUCAUUAUCAAAACAGAAGCAGAGAGACGCUACGAAGAGCAGAGACGGAAAAGGCUGGAAGAACGGCUUAGGCGGGAAGGCAUCAAGACGCACAAAGAGCGAGUCGAGGAGCUGAAUCGCUACCUCAGCAGCCUCAGUGAACACCACGACAUGCCACGCAUCGGGCCUGGGUAA